AUGAUAGAAAAUGAAGCAAUCAGCUUAGCUACGCAAACACUUUUAAUAACUGAAGACGUGGCUUGUCAAGUUGAAGAAAAUGUUAACAACCAGGUGGAUGUAGGAAAUCAAACGGAAAAAGUUAUACAUAUUGAUCGUUCGUCACAAGUUUUUGAACAAGCUCCCGUUACAGUUGCGGUCGAAAAUAAAACAAUCAGUCUAGCUAUUCAAACUUUUUUGAGCACUAAAGAUGUGACGAAUCAAACAGAGGAUGUCAUCAUAAUUGAUCGUCCAUCACAAACCAUUGAUCAAAGUACUUUCACGGUAGAAAUUGUUGCAAUCGAUGAAGCUACUCAAACUAUUUUGGUGACCGAUGAUGUGAGUGUUCAAACAGAGAAAGUUGUUCUAUUUGAUUCAUUACAAAGCUUGAAACAAGGUCCUUCUAAAAAUACCCAAACAUUGUUGAUAACUGAAGAUGCAGCUUGUCAAUCGGAAACAUUCAUCCAACAGCAGACAGAUGUAGCUAAUCAAACAAACGAAGUUGUCUUAGUUGACGGUGCAACGCAAAACACAAUUGAAACUGUAAACAGAGCCACCUCGACAACUCCUAAACAGAAAAUGGUUGAACGAAAUACGCAAACGGAUCAUCCUCAAGGAAUAAUUGAUUCUGAAGUUGCGGAAAAUGGUUUUGUCAAAAGAGAGAACGAGGUUUCUGAUCAUGAGCAGCGCAUUUCCGUGAUGACAAUGAACGAAAUAGAUGGCUUAUCUCACCCUAGCCACAAGUUACAACCUUUGAAUAGUAUUAGGCACCAAAGAAUGGACACAUUUGACCAAACAAGGCAAAAUUUGGCACUCUAUGUACCCACACAAGGAAAUGGACACUCGCGGCAGAUUGAUUACGAAACAAUUCAGGGAGCUUCCGUGAUGACAGUGAAUGAAAUAGAAGACUAUGCAGUACCUGGAAAACAGACUGAAGUUCUGAAUGGCCCUGAAUCUUGCACUUCAACUGUCAAUCACAAUCCACAAAGAUCCGAGAUCGAUCAAUCACGUCGAACUGAACUUCAAGAACUUCAAGUACUCCUAAAAGAAUUCAUCACAAAAGCGAGUAAAAUCGAUGGUUCAUUUGAAGGAGCACAAAGGGUCCAAUUUUUGAAUGGCCCUAGAGGUUGCACUUCAGUCAGUUCAACUUUCGACAACAUUCCACAAAGAUCAGAAAUCACAGGGGAUGAAGCACCAGUGGGUGAGGUAGAUGGUUUGGCUGAACCAAAUGCUUUGAUCAAUCCGAGAGAUCACAUUCCUGUGCAAUCAAGAAGCAAUAAUCAUCCAGAUAUUAUUGAGGAAACUGAAACGAAAAUGAGGAUUGAUGAAAAGUUCUUUGCUUGCAACUAUUAUUCCAAGUCACAGAGAAUGAUAACAUUCUCUCAAAAAACCACGUUCGGUUUUGAGUUUAAGCUAAAACCCGUGAGCUUUAGAAAAAGAGAACGGCUAAUUCUACAGUACUUCUUUAACGGUUUCGAUUCAACAAAUCGCGAUUUUGUCUUCCCAAAGCUUUGUCUUUUUCUGGUCCUACCGUUUUUGAUAUGGUCAGCUGCCGCAUUUCCAUUGCUUGCUUCACUAUUCUUCACACCCGAUGGGGUUUUCUACUUGAUCGAUGUAGAUGGUCAUUAUGAAACAAAGAUUUCGACACCAUCUGAUUUAGUCAAUCGUCUAAUCACCUAUCAAUCCUUCACCAUGAUUCUCCUGAUCCUCAUGCUAUUCGCAGCUCGUCCUUCAUUGAAUGCGUUUUAUCAAAAACCCAUUGUUGGCUACUUAUUGACAAAUACUGGUAGAGAAAGAUUCAAUUCUCGCAAAGCAAGUCACUUUAUCAAUGAUCUUUUCUAUCUUCGUCUAGUUUUCUUCUUUUCCUUUUUGUACAUAUUCACAAAUUUUGUCUCCAUUGCCUGUUUUUGCCUUCAGUACUUUCAACUCCCAGAUAACUCAAAUGUAAAUGGAAGUUUCUAUUCAUACUUCUUUGCUUUGACCUUUCCGGGUGCCAUUUUCGCUUUCACCACCUUGAUGGUGGCCAUUCUUGUUGUGAAAAGUGCUCAAUUUUAUCUCAAACUUGAUCGAGCUUUGAAGUUGAAAACG